GUGGAAACUGCUGAGAAUGUCGCUAUCACUUAAGAGCAUUGAGAAUCCAGCUUUCCAAAAAUUGGCGGCUGCAUUUGCAAGCUUUCAAUUACCAUUGGAAACUACUGUCGACUGGAUCGAUAUUCUCAAUAAGGACACGAAGACUCGCUGCAUAAAAUCUCACCUUCCUGUAGAACUAUUACCGCGACAAAUCUGGACCAAAAAACCAAAGGUAGUCUAUGUUGCGAGAAAUCCGAAGGAUGUGGUGCUUUCUUAUUUUCACCAUCAUAGAAGCUGGACAGUUUAUUCAGGCUCAUUUGAAACAUUUGCUGAUGCAUUCUUAGACGAUGUUGCAUUGUAUGGCCCAUAUUGGAAACAUGUUUUGGACUUCUGGAAUCUGAAGGAGCCAUACGUGCUAUUUAAUACUUAUGAAGAAAUGAAAGCUGACUUAGCCGGAGUCAUACGUAAGACUGCCAAAUUUCUCGGCAAGACUUUGACGGAAGCACAGAUAUCAGAAUUGGAAGAGCACCUAAGUUUCAAGAAGAUGAAAGAAAAUUCU